CUGCAGUCACAUGAACGGCUGCUGCUCUCGGCCACCCUGCCCCGCUCCGGCCAGCAGCUCCUUCUCUGGGUGGCCAUUGGCCCAGCAUCCCACCUGCCCCCCUCCGUCGGAGGUCACCUGCGGCCUCUCUGCCUUCGCUUGGCACCUGUGGCUGCCUCACCUGGGGAGGGCAUGGCUUCGGAAGAGGAAGAGGGAAACCAGAAUCGACUGCAGCUUUUUCGUCUCCGAUGCCCUUGAGAGCUCAGCUUCCUGGGCAUUUCUUUUUUAAAAACAAAAAAUCUGCAUUAUUUGAAAGGAGGAGAAUUGGCAGGCUGCUUCUCUCCCCAGGGCAGCCUGGCAGCAGCUGGCAGCAAGCUUGGCCUUGGACUGAAGCCAGCUUCUUCCCUGGCAAGGGGUGGGGGGACCUUUCCGAAGCCCACCCACCCCCUCCUCACCCUGCUCUUAGCUUCUUGACCAUGAAAACAUUGUGUGGGUUCCUUCUCUGGAUGGCAGCUUGGCAGCUGCCAACCUGUUCGCCGACGACAAUGCCCCCCUCUGAGGAAAGGGGGGUCGAACUUGAGAAGAUGCUGCCCACUAGGGAAGUCAUCCAUUUUUUGGAGGUCUACAAUCGCAGCGUCUGUCAGCCCAAGGAGAUGAUGGUGUCUGUCACGGCAGAACAUCCGUCUCUGGACAACCAUAUCAUGAGCCCCUCCUGCGUGGCCCUCAGGCGUUGUACCGGCUGCUGUUCGGACGAUUCUUUGGACUGCGUGCCCAGCCGUUCCCGGGACGUCAUCUUGGAA